AUGAAAAUUGAGACAGUAAGACCCAAGGCUUAUUUAGAUAUUAGAAUUGAUGACAAAGAGUUGGGAAGAUUAGUUUUUGAGCUAUACCAAGAUUUGGCCCCAAAUUCUACAGAGAACUUCCUCAAUCUCUGUCAAGGAAUUAAGCUUGGGGAAGAGGAGUACUCAUAUAAAGAAACUAGCAUUGAUUUGGUCAUUAAAAACUUUAUAAUACGAGGAGGUGCAAUAAAAGGAAAAAACUUAUCAACAAUUUAUGGGGAAAGUGGAAUGAGCAAACCUAUUCCUGGUGAAAAUUUGACAGGUGACUUAAGUAAGGGAUUCAGACUUUGUUCAGCAAAUGAUGGUGAUGUGAAUAAUAAUGGAUCACAAUUCGUGAUAACAAUUGGUCCACAAACUCACAUGGCGGGAUCACAGACAGUAUUUGGGGAAUUGAUUUAUGGUAAGUCUGUAGUGAGGGAGAUCGAGCGAAUCAAAACAAACAAUCAGGAUGUUCCAGAGUCUUGCAUAACUAUUAGCGAGUGUGGUCAAUGGAGCGAAGGAAUGCCAAUCCCUGUCAGUAAUGCAUGCUACGAUACGAUAGGAGGUGAUAUCUAUGAAGAAUAUCCGGAGGAUGAUACUAAUUUUGACCAAGAAUCUACUGAAGCAGCAUUUGAUGUGGCUUCGAAGAUAAAAGAGAGUGGCACAUUGUUAUUCAAGAAAGGAAGCAAGCAGGAUGCCCGAUUGAAAUACGUCAAAUGCUUACGAUAUAUAAUGGAAUUUAUUCCUGACCCAGACCAAAAUCAUGAGUGGUAUAGUAAAUUUUUGGAUUUGAAAAAGAAAAUAUAUUUGAACUUGAGUUUGGCUUGUUUGCAAUUGAAAGACUUUAACAGGUGUGUGGAUUAUUGUUUGUACUUGUUGGCCAUGGAAAACAUCUUAACCGAUCAAGAUAAGGCAAAAACACACUACCGUAAGGGAACAGCAUAUGUUGGCUUAAAGAAAUACAAGCUGGCGGUAGAAGAGUUUGAACUUGCAACUAAGUUAUCCCCUAGCGACGCUGCAAUCACCAAAUCAUUAGAGUCAGCCAAAGAAUUAAUGGAUCAACAGAAACAAAAGGAGAAAGCUAAGUAUUCCAAGUUCUUUGGCUGA